UAUUAAAAAAUAAAUAAUAUAUUUCUUCAGUAGUUUCGUUAAAGAGUAUAUUAAAUAAAAUAAAAUAAAAUGUCACAAGGAACAGCACGCAGGGAGAUAACCGGUCUAAAUCGUAUAACGCCAAAGAAAUUAAAGGACCUGUGCAAGAAGAACAAGUUAUAUCAGACACCGCGUUUAAAUGACGUUCUCUAUUUGCACUAUCAGGGCUAUCAAUCCAUUGAGUGCUUGGAGGAGUAUACGGAGCUCAAGUGUUUGUGGCUAGAGUGCAAUGCAAUUUCUGAAAUUCAAGGAUUGGAGCAAUUGACAAAACUAAAGUGCCUUUUUCUCCAGAACAAUCUGAUCACGAAGAUUGAGAAUUUGGAGCCAUGCCGCGAACUAGAUACUUUAAAUCUAAGCUCAAAUCAUAUUCGCAAAAUUCAAAACAUUGGCACCGAUAUUUUGCCAGUUUUGAAUAGUCUUAAUAUAGCUUCGAAUUAUUUGAAGGACAGCGAGAGCCUUUCGGACUUAAUUCAUUGCAAGACCCUCUCUGUGCUGGAUUUAUCGAACAACCGCAUUGAUGACAUUUUAAUUGUGAAAGUAUUUGAGCAGAUGCCCGCCCUGAAAGUCCUGGUGUUGCAAGGAAACCCAGUUGUGUCCAGACUGCCCCAGUAUCGCAAGACAUUGAUACUGGCCUGUAAAGAACUAACUUAUUUGGAUAGUCGGCCAGUUUUUCCACGCGAUCGAGCAUGUGCUGAGGCUUGGAAACAAGAUGGCUACGAAGGUGAGCGCAGGGAAAACAAUCGUUGGAACCGUGCUGAACGUAGGAAAACACGUGAGAGCGUCAAUUGCACCAUACGCAUGCGCAAUAGCCACCGUCCACCAGAUCAGCAGGUUCCGCUGCUGAGAUCCAGUGACUCUGAGGAUGACACAUGUGCCGAGAAGACCCGCAAAAAGGUGGAGCUGGAAAACGGUGCUGUCGAUGAUUUGUGGGAUGAGGUGUCGGGUGAACAGCCCAGCUCGGAGCACAGCUCUACCGGUUCUAGUUCGGCCGAUGAAAAUGACGCUGCAGGCUCUCAGGACGAUCACAUUGCUGAGGAAUUGAGUAGUCGCACACGUAAGCCCCUUGAAGGGCGUCCAAAGUGCCUGUAUGAAAAUAAAUUGGAAACUGCUGAGGACAUCAAGGAAAAGGUUAAAUUAGUAGAGCCUGAAAGUAUAACACCCACUGCCUCUGAGGAUAUUAAUAAUUUCAAACACACCGAUGAUAAAGAAGUAAAAAAUACUGUUCGUGUUCCAAUACAAGAGGCCAAACUAGAAGAAUUGAAUAUAAGAGAAGAACAUAUGGACAAGGAUGAUAAAAACGCUUUACUUAAAGAUUUCAGUACUGAAAAACCUCAAGAAAUUGACACAACAUUCGGAGGUACAGAGACAGAAGUAAAAACUUCUGAGCAAGAUAGUGAAAUUAAAUCAGCUGAGAUUCAAAACAUUGAUGAAGAUGAUUUAAAUCUGCAUAAAAUGAAAUUAAGAACAGAGCUAGAAGUAAAAACUCUUGAACAGGAUAAACUAGAAGAACUGAAUAAAAGAGAAGAAAAUAUGGACAAGACUAAUAGAAUUGCUUUAGUAGAAGAUUGCAGUACUGAAAAACCUCAAGAAAAUGAGGAAACAUUUAGAGGUACAGAGGAAGAAGUAAGAACUCCAGAGCAAGAUAGUAUAGUUAAAUCAGCUGAGAUUCAAAAUAUUGAAGAAGGUGAUUCGAAUCAGCAUAAAAUAAAAUUAAAUACAGAGUUAGAAGUAAAAACUCUUGAACAGAAAAAUGUCGCUGAAACUCAAAACGUUAAAGAAGAUAUUCCAAAUCAGCAUACAAUUAACUCAAAUGAAGAUUUCACUACCCAAGGCGACAGCAGUUCGGAGAUAGACAACACUGAGGAUCUGGAACACACUUGCAAAGCUCUGACAAUUGUGGCUAAUAACGACGAACUAGGCCAUGACCCAACAAGCAAAGAAAUCAAAGAAAAAUUAAUUGAGAAAAUGUACAAGAGCUUUGGAGACGAUAUUUACGACGAACUCGACGACGAACCCCUCGAAAUGCUGUUGAAAGGAGCCACAACCAAUUACCACCCAGAAGAAGGACUUUGUGGCGAGGAGAACAAGACGCCGAGGGACUUUUACCAAGAAGUUGAGGAGCCGUCUUUCACACCGAAGACCAAAGAGCAACUAGACUUCGAGCUGGACUGUGCCAUUGCCAAUGACAAGUGUGCUCAUGACUUGCAGGAGAUGGGUAGCCAGUUGGAGGAGGAUCUGGAGGAGCUCAGGCAGUCCACAGCGCUUUUAACUGGGUCCAAGAAGGUCGAAUCCGAACUAACAGAUACAGAAACAGAAACAGAUGAGGAGGACCUUACAAACCAGCAAGAUCCAAAGUCUCAUUUUCUAGCGCAGCAAUUCGAAGAACGGCGUAAGCAAAUGAAAUUAAGAGACGAAGCCAAGGCUAAAGCUAAAGCUAAAGCCGAAGAAGAAUCCCAGAAAGAUGCAGCUACAGACACGACCUCAAAAGACACUGGCGCAGAUGGAGAGCAGGAUCAAUUGUUUGCCAAGAUAUUGGACGAUGCAACGGAUAAUGUACCCAAGCGCAUCUUUGGGUCUGGCUGCGAUGCACCCAGUCAGGAUUGGUCCAGCGAAGAGUGCAUGCGUCAGUUGACUCUCGCCGAGGUGGGUGACAUCCUCAGGGAAGACGACAAUGUGUUUAACCAACCCAUAACGAAGAAAACAAGCCUCGAAGAGGCCGAGGAAGUCUGCCUUCGAAUGGACCAAAAGUUGGCCGCCGACGAGGAGGCUCUUCGCAAUUUGCUGCAGGAACUGGAGGAUGAGGUUGAGGUCAAGUACGACAUUGAGACGAAGGUGGAGUACGAGCAGGAAAUCAUCAUCACCACAGAAGAACCCGAUGUGGCCGGCAUUUGUACCUCCCUGCUGGACGACAUCAUUGUUGAGCUGACCUACAAUGAGAUAUUGCUGGCCAAGAAGCCCAAGAGUUUCGAGUUCGGUCCAAUUGAAUCCGAUGAGGAAUUCAGCUAUUCUGCAGAGCCGCAGCUGGAGAAGUUGGUGCCCCCGGAACUGGAGGAUCCGGCACGUGGUAAAAGCCUUCGCGAAUGCCUGGAUGUCUUUUCAGACUUUGUCACCUCAAUGGCCGAUCCCAAGUUGCCCUGUUUGCUGGGUCGUAAUCCGUCCUCGGGUGUGGACAAAAUUCGUGCCGCCCAGAACUUGCUAAAGUCGAAGAAUCUAGAGGAAAUUAAUAAGGAUACGGCUGAAAGCUUGGAUGCCCAGAUAGCCAAGGAAAAUGAGAGGGUUAAGAGGCGCGUGGCUGCCUCCGCUAGCCGAUGUUUUAAUCAACGAGAGAAAUAUGAGGAUACCCUGGAGGUGGUGGACAACAAGCUGAUGGUGGUGAAGAAGGACACUGGGGAGCUGGAAGAGCUGCCACCACCGCCAGCGUUAAUCAGCGACACUGAGUCCGAGGACUACUACUCAGCCGAAGAGGUUACGCCUGGCAAAGGGGACAUUCGACGUCCCUGGACCACCCCCUACAAGCCAAAACCUCGGAAAUCCGAGGAACAUCUUGUCUCUGAGGCCAUGCAGCAAUGUCGAAUCGAAUCCGACUCGGAGGACUCCAAUCCAGACGAUGCCAAAGAGAACGCUCCCGUUGAAGAUGAAUUCCAUUCACUUGAAGCCAUGACAACCUUCGGCAGCCUUGACUCUGAAUUCUUUCAGAAGCUAGAUCUUGAGAAAGUCACAGGAAACGAUGAUGCGGAAUCGGCCAUCGAGUGCAUGCGAAGCUACAACGAACUAAAAGCCUGCAUGAAAGCCGGAUCGAUGGAGCAUCAGCUGACCAGUGAGGAAAACGAGAUGUUGCAGGAAAUGAUUUCCAAGGACUCGGAACAAAACAAGCCCAAGCCGAACAAUCCUCAAAGGGAAGAGGAGGAUGACCUACUAAAGAAAAUGGUUCAGCGCAUGAAAGAGUUUGAAGAAAAAGAGCGUCAGCUACAGCUGAAGUCAGAAGAUGAUCCCAAGGAGCUGGAUCCGAUCAAGUUGUCCCAGGGUGGGUUUAAGGUUUUCGAAAUUUCUCAGGCGGAUGUCGUUGACAUGGAAAAUGAAGGUGUUGGGAUCCUAGAAAAUAAAGAUUCAAAAGAUGACAUCAAAGUGGAUCACGUGAAGCCAUCUCAGGUUGAGGAAAGUAUUGAUCCAUCAAUCAAGACUCCAGAUCAAGUAGCCCCAAAGAACGCCGGUAUUGACGAUGAUAUUCAGUCCGAUCCCUCAACGGAUUACGAAUCCAGCGAAGAGGUAGUUGUGGUAGAGCCGCCUAAACUGCCCGAAGCAGUGCUCAAAUCCUUCCUUUCUGACGGCUUUGAGGCAGACUUAAAAAUGGUUCACGCCCUCGAAGAAGCCACUCGUCGAAAUCUUUAUAGCCCCACUCCCAAAAGAGUUCCGCAAUCAACAGUGAAUGAAGAUUCCUUGCCAGGUAAUGAUUUGCAGGAAAAAGAACAGGAAACAACAUUGCCAACCGAUCAGUCCUCAAGUGCUAAGGCCAAGUGGGCCAGAAUAGCGGCUAGAUUACCUGAGUUUCUUGAUCCUGAGACGAUCGCAAUGUUGGACAAACAAGAGUUUGCUGAGACCGAUGAAUCUGAAGACGAAGAGGACGAAAACUUUAUUACAGACUUAAUUAGCAGCUCAGUAACUGAUACAGCGGGGAUGGAAGAUGAAAAGCUUGGAAAUGAAGAAAAACUAGUUGUAACAGAAUAUAUAGGCGAUGGAAACCCAGGUCAGUUAAAGGCUGAUGAAAUGAAGAGCCGUGAGGAAAAGCUUAUAUCUAAUAUUGGCAUAAGAAACUUUAAAGGCGAAGCCGGAGAUAUGGCUACUGAAGAUACCAUAAAGGAGCAACCAACUGCAGUUGAAGAGACUUCAACUACAUUUUCCAAUGAAAAAGAAAAAGAAGCCUCAGCUAACACACCCAAUGAAAAUGCUCCAACUAAACCCUUUCUGAUUGACUAUUUUGAGGCUGGAGAACCCACCGUUGAAAUUGAAAACUUUGGCGACACAGAAUCUUUGAAAACGGAACAAAUUCAGUGCAACCUUGAGAUUCUAAGCGAUGAUGGAGACGUUGUGGUUGAAGAGGUCAAAGUCAGUGCUCAGGUGACCUUUAAAUAGAAUUAGCUCUCCUGAUUGAUUGUGUAAAAUUGAUGUAGAGUUGUAAUAUUUAUACAAAGAUUUAUUGUUUCCAACUUUCUGUAAGUAAAUCCA